UUGUUAAGGUACGGCAAUUCUCGGAACGGGAAGGUCGUCAACCGAGGAUACUGAUCUCGAGGUUAGGCGAUACAGAUAAGAAAGGUGACGAGCAUCGAAUGAUUGCUGCCACAGCGUUUGCCGAUCUCGGUUUUGAUGUGGAUGUGGGUCCAAUAGUGCAAACACCUGAACAAGUGGCACGUCAAGCUGUGGAUGCAGAUGUACACGCAAUUGGUGCCAGGAAUCUGUUGAUGAAGCAUAUGACACUCAUUCCAGAUCUGUUCAGUCAACUCAAGCAACUCGAUCGAUCGUCAGUUGUUUUUGUUUUUUUCAACGAUUCUACCCAUUCUUUUAGCGUUUUUCCAAUUUUUUUCCAUUUCCAUUCGUUUUUC